UUACGCCCCGCCUCCACGAACGCCUCCUCGCGGACCGUCCGGCACGUCACGUGACAGAUCGGCGGCGCUGGCGGUUGCUGUCAGCUGAUUCCCCCGGUUGGUGGCUGUGGCAGCCGCGGCGAUGGACUUUCUCCUGGGGAACCCGUUCAGCUCCCCGGUGGGACAGCGCAUCGAGAAGGCGACAGAUGGCUCCCUGCAGAGUGAGGACUGGGCCCUCAACAUGGAGAUCUGCGACAUCAUCAACGAGACAGAGGAAGGUCCCAAAGAUGCCUUCCGAGCAGUGAAGAAGAGAAUCGUAGGGAAUAAGAACUUCCACGAGGUGAUGCUGGCUCUCACGGUCUUAGAAACCUGUGUCAAGAACUGCGGGCAUCGCUUCCACCUGCUGGUGGCCAGCCAGGACUUUGUGGAGGGCGUGCUGGUGAGGACCAUCCUGCCCAAGAACAACCCGCCCACCAUUGUGCACGACAAGGUUCUCAACCUCAUCCAGUCCUGGGCUGACGCGUUCCGCAGCUCGCCCGACUUGACAGGUGUGGUGGCCGUCUACGAGGACCUGCGAAGGAAGGGUCUGGAGUUCCCGAUGACCGACUUGGACAUGCUGUCACCCAUCCACACGCCUCAGAGGACCGUGUUCAGCUCAGAGGCACCAUCAGGGCAGAACUCUGUGGCCACAGACGCCAGCCACGGAGGGGACCCCACCCAGCACACCACCCCUCUGCCCAUCCAAGCCGUACUCCCCAGCGACACCCCCAUCACUCCAACCCCUGAGCAGAUCGCCAAGCUGCGCAGCGAGCUCGAGAUGGUGAGCGGGAACGUGAGGGUGAUGUCGGAGAUGCUGACGGAGCUGGUGCCCACCCAGGCAGAGCCGGCAGACCUGGAGCUGCUGCAGGAGCUCAACCGGACAUGCCGAGCCAUGCAGCAGCGGGUCCUGGAGCUCAUCCCCCGAAUCGCUAACGAGCAGCUCACCGAGGAGCUGCUCAUCGUCAACGACAACCUCAACAACGUGUUCCUGCGCCACGAACGGUUUGAACGGUUCCGAACAGGCCAGACCAGCAAGGCCCCGCAAGAGGCCGAGGCGGCGGCUGACCUGAUCGACAUGGGCCCUGACCAGGCGGCCACCAGCAGCCUCUCAUCCCAGCUCGCGGGAAUGAACCUGGGCUCUAGCAGCGUGAGGGCCGGCCUGCAGUCUCUGGAAGCCUCUGGCCAACUGGAAGGCGAGUUCGACAUGUUUGCGCUGACCCGGGGAAGCUCUCUGGCUGACCAACGGAAAGAGGUGAAAUACGAAGCCCCCCAAGCAACAGAUGGCCUGGCCGGAGCCCUGGAUGCCCGGCAGCAGAACACUGGAGCGAUGGGAGGCAGCGGUGAGAAGAGCCUCAGUGAUUGGAUGGUGAGACAAGGCAUGAUCCCUGUCACCCAGGCCUGCCUCAUGGAGGACAUCGAGCAGUGGCUGUCCACUGACGUGGGGAAUGAUGCAGAGGAGCCCAAGGGCGUCACCAGCGAAGAAUUUGACAAGUUCCUGGAAGAACGGGCCAAAGCAGCUGAUCGGUUGCCCAACCUCUCCAGCCCCUCGGCCGAGGGGCCCCCGGGGCUCCCUCGUGGCACUGCCCCCCGAAAGAAGACCCAGGAGAAGAAAGACGAGGACACGCUGUUUGCCUUAUGAGCGUGGGGCCUGGUGCCUGCACCUCGAGCCCCUGCUGCCCCCACACCCCUCGGCUGGGGCUUCUUUCCUUCCUUCGGUGUUAAGGCUGCUCUGAGGCUGGCUUGUUACCCCUCUACUCUCCCCGAGGCC